AUCAGCGAGACCCACACAUGUGAGUGCCGCGUCUGCCUGGCAUGGAGGAGAUGUAUGAUGUCAUUGUUUUGGGGACAGGGCUAAAGGAAUGUGUAUUAUCGGGAAUCAUGUCUGUGAAUGGCAAGAAGGUUUUGCACAUAGACCGGAAUGAUUACUAUGGAGGAGAGACCGCAUCUAUCACUCCCCUGGAAGAGCUGUAUCGAAGGUUUAAAGUUAAUGGACCCCCAGAACCAAUGGGCAGAGGGAGGGAAUGGAAUGUGGAUCUCGUACCAAAGUUCCUUAUGGCCAAUGGACAGCUGGUGAAGAUGCUUCUCUACACAGAAGUCACCCGAUAUAUAGACUUCAAGGUUGUAGAUGGGAGUUAUGUCUACAAAGCUGGCAAAAUUCACAAAGUCCCUUGUACAGAGGAAGAAGCUUUGGCUUCUGACCUAAUGGGCAUAUUUGAAAAAAGGCGUUUCCGAAAAUUCCUCCUGUUUGUGGUGAACUUCAACGAGCAGUGUGCAAAGACUCAAUAUGACAUUGAUCCAACAAAGACGACCAUGAGAGAAUUAUAUAGGAGGUUCGAUCUAGGUCCAGAAGUCAUGGCUUUUACUGGUCAUGCCCUCGCCUUGUACAGAACGGAUGAUUACUUGGACCUUCCAUGCUUAGAAACAAUAAACCGUAUCAAACUAUACUGUGAAUCACUUGCGAAAUACAGUAAAAGCCCGUAUCUUUACCCCCUGUAUGGACUAGGAGAGCUUCCACAAGGAUUUGCCCGGCUGAGUGCCCUGUUUGGUGGGAUCUAUAUGUUAAAUAAGCCUGUGGAUGAGAUCCUCAUGGAAGAUGGACAAGUAGUUGGAGUGAAGUCGGAGGGAGAGAUUGCUCACUGUAAGCAGCUGAUCUGUGACCCCAGUUAUGUCCCUGAUCAAGUUAAGAAGACUGGUCGCGUGAUAAGAGCCAUUUGCAUCCUCAGCCACCCAAUUAGAGACACCAACGAAUGCACCUCGUGUCAAAUCAUCAUUCCUCAGACUCAGGUUAACCGCAAAUCAGAUAUCUAUGUCUGCAUGGUCUCCUGCUCACACUGCGUGGCAUCAGAUGGGAAAUACGUGGCUAUAAUUAGCACAACGGUGGAAACGGAAGAUCCAGAGAAAGAGAUUCAGCCGGCCCUGGAGCUACUGGAGCCUGUUGAUCAAAAAUUUGUGUCCAUAAAUGAUCAAUUUAUUCCAAAGCACGACGGGACAAAAAAUCAGAUUUUUAUCUCCAGAUCAUAUGAUGCCACCACGCACUUUGAGACAACGUGUGAUGACAUUAAGGACAUGUUUAAAAGAAUGACAGGUGCUACCUUGGACUUCAGUGACAUGUGGAGUUCUGACAACUCAGAUUUCCAAGAAUGAUUUUAUUACUUCUUUUUUUUUUAUAUAAAAUAAUUUGACUUUG